CUAUGGCUGCGCUGGGACCAAGGGAGCACCGCGGUGGUUACUGAGGCCAGGGGAUUCAGGAGUAGUGCUGAGGGUCCCAGCCGGUGGCUUCUGUAGGCCGGUCGUAGAUUCGAACCUGAGGUCGGAGCCGGAGGCGGCGAAUCGGGGGAGGAGCGAAGAGAGGGCGGGAUUUCCGCCGAGAGGGAUCCGGCCGCUCGGGGGGUGGGGCUUCCCGGACCCGGCUGCGUUUCCCGCGUGCGGGGCCGGGUGCUGUGAGCCCCUGCAGACACCCUCCGCGCCCUCUCCCAGGCGGCCAAGGAUGACCACCCUCACGCGCCAAGACCUCAACUUUGGCCAAGUGGUGGCCGACGUGCUCUCCGAGUUCCUGGAGGUGGCCGUGCACCUGAUCCUCUAUGUACGCGAGGUCUACCCGGUGGGCAUCUUCCAGAAGCGCAAGAAGUACAACGUGCCGGUUCAGAUGUCCUGUCACCCGGAGCUGAACCAGUAUAUCCAGGAUACACUUCACUGCGUGAAACCACUCCUGGAGAAGAACGAUGUGGAGAAGGUGGUGGUGGUGAUUUUGGAUAAGGAACACCGCCCAGUGGAGAAGUUUGUCUUUGAGAUCACUCAGCCACCCUUGCUGUCCAUCAAUUCAGACUCCCUCCUGUCUCACGUGGAGCAGCUGCUUCGAGCCUUCAUCCUUAAGAUCAGCGUGUGUGAUGCUGUGCUGGACCACAACCCUCCAGGCUGCACAUUCACAGUCCUUGUGCACACAAGAGAAGCCGCCACUCGGAAUAUGGAGAAAAUACAGGUCAUCAAGGACUUCCCAUGGAUCCUGGCAGAUGAACAGGAUGUCCACAUGCAUGACCCCCGCUUGAUACCCCUAAAAACCAUGACAUCGGACAUUUUAAAGAUGCAGCUCUACGUUGAAGAGCGAGCUCAUAAAAACAGCUGAGGGCAUGCCUGCUGCCAGAUGCCCAGCUGUCCCACUCUGGGGACCAGGCCCAGGGCGGUGCUGCAGGGCCCCAGACUCCAAGUGCUCUUACUGCCUUGACAUGUGGCCGCCCCUCUGGUCAGGCUGCUCAGCCCUGCUUGCCUUUGUGAGGCAGCCUCCCCAGGAGCCCAGGGGAAGGAUGCCCAGACAGACAGAUGCCAGGACAGACGCCAUCUCUCAGCAGCCUCCUGGGCUCAGCAGGCUGACACUGUCCAUCUGAAAACACUGUGCCGUGUGUUAUUGUUAAUAAAGUGGCCCCAAGGGCUGACUGCGUUGUCAUUAA